GUCUGAGAUCCGGCUCGCAAUGUUGGGAACUUCACUGGUUACGUUACAUCUUAAAAUAUUUAUUUCAUGGUAAAAACCUGAGGAAAAUUGUAAAGAUAUUCUUCAGAUAAUCAGAUGUGCUGGAUGACAGUUCUUGGGUCUGAUGGGGGCGUUGUAUAGUUGUUGUUGGCGGAGUUACUGCAAUCUUGAUGAGAACCUAGAUGAGAAGAACGCUAUUUUACGAUAUGAGACUUCCAAAAUGCAGAGCAUCAGGAUUCAGACCUCCUCCAGGACUCAGACCUCCAGAGCCUGCAUGUCCAGCCACAGUGACCCAAGCCCGGGUCAGGAGGGCCUGUCUUGGAGGACAGAGGAGGAGUGGAUCCCCUGGAGCAGCCCCAGGACCUCCAUUGGAGAUGCAGAGUCGGACGGAGAGCUCCAAGCCUUUAUCACGAUGAGGAACGAGACAGAUACGUACACAGAGGAGUGGGAGAAGCUCAACUAUGACAUCCAUAGUCUGAGGUACGCCAAACGAGAGAUCAGCAGCCGAUGGAAGAAGAUUCUAACACAGCUAGGCUACCAGCGUGAGGUUGACUCUCUCCUGACGGUGAACAGACAGCUGUUACAGACAACACUGAGUGAAUCGGAUAACCUGAACAGAGCCAGGCAACUGUUACAGACCACUCUGGACCACUCUAGUUUGUUCCCACGAGGAGUGGCUAGCACAGACAGAUACCUCUUUGUUAUGGAUCGCUUGGUGUCUCUGGACAGUGCAGAGGAUUUCAUCAGACUGGCGAAGGAGAAAUACCCAAAGAGAGAGAGUUGUGAAUGAGAGACAGAAUGGAGAGACAGAAUGGAGAGACCGAAUGGAGAGACAGAAUGGAGAGAGUUAUGAAUGAGAGACAGAAUGGAGAUGUGUUGUGCUCCUCCUGCCGGCACUAGAAGGAAUGUGAAGAUCACGGACGUCCCUUUAUGUAGACACUUUAACUGAUUCUAACUGACCUCCUCACAUUUUGUAUUAGAACGUCUAAUGUGCCUACAAAAGUCCUUUUCUAUACACGUUGUUGUAUGUGUUUCAUAGUUUCAGUAUUGUUAUGGCAACAACAACAAACAUUGUAAAAUUGUCUGUAAUAUUUAACCGCUGUAUCAGUCUGAAAGGAUACUUCUGAUACAGCGUUUUUUUAAUAACAGGAACUAAACAUUUAAUUGAUUAAAUGAAAUUGAUUCUC